UGAUCAACCUCCAGAAAAACAAUGCAAAAAAAUUUAAGUACUUAGAAAAUUAGGAAAAUUUGUAGUGUAUUGAAUGAAAAGCUAGGAUAAAAUGUGGUUAACUAGUAGAAUUUUAGCAAAAUCACCAUUUAUUGUGGUCCUUAGUAUUAUGGCAAUUGUUUUGCUUUCGUCAUCAGUUGAUGGACAAAAUAGAGCAAGCAAAUCCCACACAAUCGAAAAUCUACAAAAUGAGAAGGAAUUCAAGAAGCUUUUGAAAACCAAAAACAACAUCUUGAGUCUGUUUAUGAUGAGUACAAAGGAAAAUCAAAAUAUAUUAAAGAUUUUCCGAGAGAGCUCUGAGUUAGUUAAAGGACUCGGAACUUUGGUUGUCAUCGAUUGCUCUGCCGGCGAAAUGAAAAAAUUCUGUAAAAAACUCAAAAUUUCACCGCCUUUUGCGAUAAAGCAUUACAAGGAUGGCGAGUAUCACAAGGAUUACGAUCGAGCUAUCACAGUAACUAGCGUUUCGAACUUUUUGAAGGAUCCGACUGGUGAUCUCCCAUGGGAAGAAGAUGAAACUGGAGUGGAUGUAGUACACAUUCCUGACCCCUCAGCACUCACCAAAUUACUCAAAAAGGAAAGACGGCCAAUUUUAAUGAUGUUCUACGCUCCUUGGUGCGGGUUUUGUAAACGUUUAAAGCCUGAUUUCUCGCAAGCAGCUACCGAGCUAAAGAAAGACUUUGUACUGGCAGCCAUAGAUCUUAAUCGUCCAGAAAACUCUGCUCUUAGACGACAAUACAAUAUUUCUGGUUUUCCAACUUUGCUUUAUUUUGAAAACGGUGUACCAAAGUAUACAUUUGAGGGUGAAAACAACAAGAAUGGAAUUAUUGCUUUUAUGAAAAAUCCAACUGCAACACCACCGAAACAGCAAGAAGAAGACUGGUCUGCUGUAAGCAGUGAAAUUGUCCAUCUUACAUCCUCUAGUUUUGAACCAGCAUUAAAAGACGAAAAAUCUGUUUUGGUAAUGUUCUACGCUCCCUGGUGCGGUCAUUGUAAGAAAAUGAAACCGGAAUACGAAAAAGCGGCUGAAAAAAUGAAAAUAGAAAAGAUCCCAGGGGUUCUUGCUGCCUUAGAUGCUACAAAGGAAUCUCAAAUUGGUGCCAAAUAUGGAGUUAAAGGAUAUCCUACAGUAAAGUAUUUCGUGAAUGGAGAAUUUAAAUAUGAUGUCAAUGUCAGGGAUGCCGAUAAAAUUGUUGAAUUCAUGAAAGACCCCAAGGAAAUGCCCUUACCUGAACCUGAAAAAGCUUGGGAAGAAGAACCCUCAGAAGUUGUACACUUGAAUGAUGAAAAUUUUAAACCGUUUUUGAAAAAGAAAACUCAUGCCUUAGUUAUGUUUUAUGCCCCAUGGUGUGGGCACUGCAAACGAACAAAACCAGAAUUUGUAAAAGCCGCUGAAAAAUUUGUAGAUGAGCCAGGCAUAGAAUUGGCCGCCGUUGAUUGUACAAAAUAUCAAGCACUUUGUAGUUUUUAUAAUGUCAAAGGAUAUCCCACCAUCAAGUACUUUAAUUACUUAAAGAAUGUAAGAGAUUAUAACGGAGGGAGAACUGAAGCUGAUUUUGUCAAGUUUUUGACGAAUCCAGAUGAGUCACAAAAGGAAGAAAAUACACCCAAACAAGACACAUUUGGAGAAUACCCUGGCGUUGAGAAGGUGUUAUUGUUAUCUGAAAAGAGCUUUGAUGAUGAAUUACAAAAAUACGAUCAGGUAUUAGUCAUGUUUUAUGCCCCUUGGUGCGGUCACUGUUCGAAAAUGAAACCAGCUUACGUUGAAGCAGCUGUGAUGCUGGAAAAUGAAAAACUUUUCAAUAGCAAAAUAGCAGCUGUUGAUUGUACAGUGCAUAAAAAGUUGUCUGAACGUUUUGAAAUACGCGGAUUCCCAACAUUAAAAUUAUUCUCAAAAGGUCAAUUAAAAGCUGAAUAUGAUGGUAAACGCACAGCCGAAGCUAUUGUUGAAUACAUGAAAGCAACUGAUAAACAAUCAAAAAGAGACGAAUUGUGAUUUACUUGAAAAAUUAUUUUUAAUAGGUCUAAAUUUUUGAUCAUUUUCCUAAUAUAGCAUAAAAUUACCAUUUCUCCUUACUAAUAAAUGAUAAUAAAAAAUUAAAAAAAAUUGUCAAAAUCUAGUUUAACAAAAACUUAAUGAAUUAAAUAAAACUACAC